AUGACAAUGCUUCAGUCACCAGAAAAGGGCGUGAAGCGAUCCCUCCAAGGCGUUCUCAGGAACGCAAGUCCUCCUUCAAUCAAAAAACGUCUUCCCGACAAGAGACAAAAUUCAGCGUUACCGAGCAUCACAAGAGACGUAGCCCGACGGCAGGGGACGGCCCCACUUGAAGAAACCAAUGAUUUCAUUAUCGGCACUGAGGAAAUUGUAGCUACUCUCUAUUCAGAUGGUCAAGCACAAGCUGAAGGAAGCCUCGUCACAGGGGAAGCUAAAAUGAAAAUUGGACCAUCAGACCAAGAACCGAAGCUUUCAAGAGCAGUAUUCAUUAGCGAUCUUCUACUACGCCUGCACCACCCCCCACAAGCAAGAGGCAAAAAUGCGCUUGCCUUCGCAAAUUCUCGAGGUCCGGUCGGAUCGUCGACACAUCCUGGUGAGAUGUCUAGCCUUCCAAAUGAAACUGCUGUACCCAAGGUCCUGAUCUCUUGGCUGGACGAGAAUCACAAUGAAUGGGAGCAAACUCUCCAGACGGUGGAAAACACACGUCCUAAUCCGGCAGUCAACACCAACUUUUGGGAUGUUGUAUUCAAUCUUGUAUUGCGUGGCAAGAUUCAGCGCGCCAUCUCAUUGCUGAGAUCGUCUGACUUUCUUACGCCUAGUGGCGCUUCUGAGGAUGGACAAACGGAGUCUUACACGAAGACUCAAGUUGCCAACAUAUAUGCUGCAAUUAGGGAAGCCACUGAAAUAAUGAGACAGUGCCCUGCAAUUAGAGAUGACGACUGGCACGUUACCGGGAUUGACUGGUCAAGAUUUCGCGGGCUGGUCAAUCAAGCUCUCCACGACCUAAAUUAUCCUGUAGAAGGUCGGAAACAAGAUGCCGGUGCUCUUCAUCAAGCUGGCAGCGUCGAGAUUCGCAGUGCUAUGAGCAGUAGCCAGAACAAUCGUGAAGCCACCAGCUAUGUACCAUGGUCUAUCUAUCAAAAUUUACGGGCACUGUAUGGCGUUUUGCUCGGCAGCGAGGCCGAGGUUCUCUCCUCUGCGCAAGAUUGGAUAGAAGCGACUGUAGGGCUGACUGUCUGGUGGAAUGGACAUGAAGAGGAGCGAUUGGCGGUCGGAGAUCUCUCCAAGACGAAACGCUCCCUCAGAAAAUAUCAAUCGGAGGGACAAAGAUUGGUCGAUAUGGAUCCAGAAGCCGCCUAUGUAGAUCGUUUAAGGACAGCCUUUCAUCAUGCCAUCGAUGACAACGAUGAUUUCAGUUUCCAGGUUAACUCAAAUUCCUUGACACAGGUAGCUCUUGCUUCAGUCUUCGAGGGAGAUUUUCAGGGGAUCCUGAGCCUUCUCCGUUCAUGGUCUCUCCCAGUCGCAGUUACAGUGGCAGAAAUUGCGACCCUUGGAGGAUGGUCUACAACUACAAUAUCUCCCAACACUUUCAGCGAUGAAUUGGACGAGAGUGACCUCAUGGUUCUAGACAGCUACCACGAAUCAGACGUGGGACUACGCCGCGAUACCUUGAUGAAGGAAUACUCGAAUGCGGUCUCUUCGCACGGUCCUGUCGAAUAUGACGAAAAGGGCAAAUUGAAACGAGAAGGCUGGCAGCUGGCCGUUGACAUACUUGCACGAUUGGGGGACGAAAAGCUUUCUAAGACCGAAAUCCGUAAAGUCUUGUAUCAGCAGGAUCUCGUAGACGAUCAGCACGUCGAUAUGGCUCUCUCAAUAUGCACAAGAUGUGACAUGGCUCAAGAAGCUCGAACCAUUGCAACGAAUUACGCGGAUCACGUCUCAAAAAACACCGAAUCCUAUGGUACGAUGCUUCUAUAUUAUGCCAGGGCAGGACUUGAGACGAGGGUGAGGGAUGUGCUUGAUUUGUUAAUAUCUGUAUCGUUGGUCAGAUCGACAAGUUUUCCGUCUACAUCAUCUCUUGAUGCAACUUUAGGCGUCUUUCUCAACAUACCGUGUGGGAUAUUCGUCAACAUUGCAGAGAACGACCCAGCGGCUGCAGCUCUGCUGCACAGCCUCUUCACAGGCUACGCAGCUCUGCGCGAGUUUUAUGACAUCCGUGACAAUGAGAUCCAGCGCAAGGCUACAGAGGAUUCUACAAUGGAAAUCGCCCGCAAAGAAGCUGCUUUCAGACGUCUGAUCACGAUUACUAACAGUGCAGCCGACAACAUCCAUGGCGGUCUCUAUGACGACCAUGCGGGCGCCGUCAUAAAUGUUGAUGGCCUAUUGGUACUCCUCGGAGAGGUUUCAGUUUUCGUGGAUGAAUCAACAGGUCUCCUCCCCUUGGCGCAGUGUUUGCAUCUUCUCAAGAUCGUUGAAGAUUUGGAAGCUGUCGAUCAAAGCACCUUCGACCGAUGCGACAAUUUCUAUCGAUCGACGAUAGCCUCAUACCAUGACCAAGCGAAACGGCUGUCACCGCCACAAUUGCUCAAGUCUAUGAGUAGUAAAUCGGACACCAGCAGCUUUUCGUUGGUGGGGGAUUCGAUGCUCAAUUCGCUCGAUUCAGAAGAUAUGGAUGGUAACAGCAGCGCUGGAAAGUCGCAACAGGCAAUCAAGCGGGGGUGGGAUUGGAGGGAGGGCACCUCUAAGAGUGAUACGGGAGUAGAGCUGCUCCGAAGGCUCAGGGGCGGACUGGCCCGAGACAUUGCGAAGCACUGGAAUGAUGACGAUGAUGAUGGAGAAAAGGUGCGUCCUGUUGUCAGUCGUUCGUUUGAGUGCAAGGUGCCAUCUUUGACUUGCGUUUUGCCAUUCUUUCACACCAUGAAGCUGUCUUUCCUUUCUGUUCUCCUACUCUUAGCUGCAGGCAGCGACGCAAGGCGCUUUAAGAAAUAUAGGCGUGAUUGCAAUCCACAAGUUGGAGGGGCCGGCAAUGGUACUGCUCAGAGUGGCCAGAAAGCAGCCCAGUUUCUCGCACUUUCCAGUUCCUCGGCCUCCUCUGCUGUACCGCUCGGCAGUGGAGAUACCACCAAUGGGACUACAGAAGGCUCCGGAGAAAAUUCUACGACUAGUGAUACCACUGGUAUAACAUCAGUGGGAAAUGGCAGUACUGUUUCGUUGCAACCCGGUGGCACAACAAAUCCACCAGCUUCAGGUUCCAACGGCUGCCCAGGAUUCCGCAACGUUGUGUUCAAUACAGUGGCCGGAAAAGCCCCUGGCUUUCCAGAUACAACUUGGAGCACACUGGCAGGACUAGGUGUUGAUGGUUGGAUUGGCUUUUCUCUCAGUACACUUGACAAGAAACAAAGCUACGCUCCGAUAAAGUCUAAUGAUGCGCUUAACGCCGCGCAAGUCCACAUGGUCAUGGACAGGAAUGAUAUAGCAGCUGGCAUUGACAUGCUGAAGACCAGCCCGCCAGAUUACUUGGCUCUAUACAAUGAGCCCGAUUCUUCCUAUUUGGGGUACACGCUUACAGCCACGCCUGGAGAAGCAGCAACUCAACUGAAGGAUUUCUUUUCAACUCCGCACCCAAAAACCAAGUAUCUGUCCCCGGGAUGUGCCCAGGAUCUACCAUGGCUCACGCAAUUCCGUGAUGCGUGCGCAGCGCAGGGCAUAAAUUGCAUGGGUCAAAUCGACGUCAUCUCUUACCACAUCUACUCACACACAGCUCAAGGUGUCAUUGACGGCUGCCGAGAACUUCACACAACUUUCCCCGACCAGAAGAUUUGGCUUACAGAGCUGUCUCCUUCGAGCACCCAUGACUGUACUAUGGACGAAACAGCAAUGAUUCAAUGGAUGAAAGACGUGUACAAGGGAAUACAGGGAUUGAACGCGGAGUGA